AUGGAUCACUCUUCUACUGAACAUAACAUCACUGAUGCUUUGUCUUUGGUAAGAACCUGCCAUCUGGUUACAAUGCUGGAGAACUGCCUGUACAGAGCCAAAAGCACAAAACUUCAGUGCUCCAAAGUUCUCGUCCCCAAAGAACUGACCACACUGGUGGCCCAGGAGGUGCUGAAACUUUCACUAAGUGAGCCAUGCGGACUACGAGGUUGCAUUAUAUAUGUGAGUUUGGAAAGUAACAAUAAACAAGCUAAAGUGGACACAAUAGUUUAUGACUGUUCAGUUGAGCCAACAUUUGAGCUGAAGCUUGUUUUAAAGCAGGAUACUCAAGGGUGGGACUACUUAAAAGAUCUUCUUAUCAACAGAACCUGCUUCCCAAAUCUUUUUAGGAGUGUCAUAAAACUAAGUCCCAAGUUUCAGCUUUCCAAGAGAAAAUUGUACUUUUCACUCACAGCAGCGGGAAAUGAAGACUGUUAG